AUGACGGACUCACUGCGCUCGUUCUUCACCAUCAUGGAGAGCCAACGGGGGAUUGUCGUACAAGGCACGCCGAAGCUAGAUCUUGAUCUCUACAUCCAGAACUACCGAGGUCGCACUCGAUUCGAUCGGCUGUUCCUUAUCGGCCGCACCUCCCAAACUUUAUGUGUCGACGCCUUGAAAGCUGCGGUAGCUGAAGCGAAGAGGGGAAGAGAUGUUCGGCGGUACCAAGCGGCGGUAGAAAGCCUCCAUAUGGCUGCCCCAUCCGAACCAGAGGCAGUCUUUGAUCAACAGUGGAUCGAUCACACCGAGAUGUCCAACAGAGCGGACACACACCGCCUGGAGGCAGAGUUGAAAGGUUAUAAGAACAACCUUAUCAAAGAGAGUAUCCGAAUGGGUAACGAGGACCUCGGCAAGCACUACGAGAGUAUCGGGGACCUAAAUAAAGCUAUGGAUGCAUACACGCGGAUGAGACCGGAUAUCAGCACACCGAAGCACAUCGUUGACGUUGGGAAACACCUCGUGAGGGUAUCACUACAACGCCGGGAGUGGGCCAUGGCCGCUAUCAACGUGAAUAAAAUGGCGGGAAACCUGAGCGCAGACGAUGAGAAGGCCCUUCAGCCAUACCUGAAGGUCCUCCAUGGAAUCGCACUUCUAGGUCAGGGAAAAUACCAUGAAGCGGCCCUGAGCUUCUUGCAGACAGAUCCCGCAAUUCCCAACACUUCAUACGACGAGGUGGCAAGCCCGAACGACGUGGCGAUAUAUGGCGCUCUGCUGGCACUCGCCUCCAUGGACAGAAAAGAUCUCCAGCUCAAGGUCCUCGAUAACGCAAAGUUCCGGGCCUUCCUCGAAUUAGAGCCUCAUAUUCGGAGGGCAGUCACCCAGUUUGUCAACGGGAGGUACUCAGCCUGCCUUGCCAUCCUGGAAUCAUACCGUGCCGACUACCUCCUCGACGUCUACCUGCAAUCCCACGUCGAAAAGAUUUACGAGGAAAUUCGAAGCAAGUGCAUCGUGCAAUAUCUCAUCCCCUUCUCCUGCGUUACGCUGGAGAGCAUGAACGAGGCCUUCGCCGCUCCGGGGCAGUCCAUAGAGAUGGAAUUGGUUGAUAUGAUCCGAUCCGGGACGUUGCAGGCGCGAUACAAUGCUAUCGACAAGCUCGUAACCACGGUAUCGGCUGACGCCAGGCUGGCGCUGCAACUCAAAGCCCUGGCUACGGCCAAGAGUUACCAAAGGGAGGCUGUCGAGAGCAUUCGGCGGAUGAGUCUCGUAGCAGCCGAUCUCGAGGUCAAGGGACAACGGAAGUUUCCUGGCGGCCAGAUCAACCUAGGACAGGCCAAUGACGGACAACUGGUCGGUGCAUCCAUACCUUAG